GACUACUAUGACGACACCCGCACCGCACAGAUCCUCCAGCAGGUCGGCGGCUGUGCUGUCACGGCGGCCAUGACCCGGCGUCCAGACCUCUCACAGCUGGUGAACUGGCUCCGCGCGAAUCUACCACCACUGCGAGGUGGUAAUCCGGUUUCGACAGGUGUUGGCGGCCCGCAGCAACCCGAUGGCCUUUGCCCGAGAAACUAUCCCUCUACGACUCUCAAGUGCCAUACGAUGCAGGGCCUCUUCGACUUUACCGUGUGCGAGCAGUGCUAUGGCGAUGUCAUCAAACCGGAUGCAGAUAAUGGAAUCGACCUGGCGCGCCGGUUCGACAUGACCGCUUCAUCCGUUCCGGGGCCUGGAUUCACAUGCCAGCUAUAUUCUGACCGAAUGCGCCGGGUCUGGCGGGACGCUGCGUCGACGGGGGACAUGGAGCAUCUUCGACAAAAGGUCAGUGAGAGACGGGCUAAAGAGCGCGAGCUGCAGAUGAAGACAGCACAGCUACAGCAGCAGGCUGCGCAGCUUCGGAUCCAGGCUUCGACACAAGAGCACCUGGCGAUCAAUGCCAUGAGAGCCGACUUCAGCCAGACAACGCAGCUCAACAACCAGGCUGCUAUGCUCAAAGUCCAAGCCGGCCAGGCCGAGGACCAGAUCCGGAUGGCCGUGGAUGAGUGGAAACGGUUUUGGGAAUAA